UGGUUUACCUAAAAAAUUGAGGGAAGAGAGAAUGAAAAUAUUUAAUGAUACCUGUAGGGAAUUCAGAAGACCAUGGACAGAGUUAUAGCUUUGGUGGAUAUGGACUGUUUCUAUGUACAAGUGGAACAGAGACUUAACCCAGCACUGAAAGGAAAACCAUGUGCUGUAGUACAGUAUAAUGCAUGGAAAGGAGGAGGUAUAAUUGCCGUGGGUUAUGAAGCCAGAGCCUGUGGUGUAACCAGGCAGAUGAGAGGAGAUGAGGCCAAGAAAAAAUGUCCAGAUAUUGUUCUCUGUCGAGUGCCAGAAGUAAGAGGGAAGGCUGAUCUUACUAAAUUCAGAGAAGCAGGAGCAGAAGUGAUUGCAACUUUGUCCAAGUUCUGUAAAUGUGUAGAGAGGGCCAGUAUUGACGAGGCAUAUCUUGACCUCACUGCAGAAGUUGAGGAGAGGCUAAAUGAAAUAGGGAACACCAGGAUACUUGCAAGUCAACUCCAGAACACUUAUGUUGUAGGAUGGGAGGGUGAAGACAGCCAGAAGACACAAGAUGGCUUAGAUCUCCGUGAGCAAGGAGUUAAGGACUGGCUGUCCACAUGUUAUGACGCUGUCAGUGACCAGGACGUGAGGCUGGCUGUGGGGGCUGUCAUAGCAGAGGAGAUGAGGGCUGCUGUGUACAAGGAAACUGGGUUCAGGUGUUCAGCUGGUAUUGCUCACAAUAAGAUGCUAGCAAAGUUUUCCUGUGGCGUACAUAAGCCUAACAAGCAGACAGUUCUUCCUCAUUCAUCAGUUCAUAAAAUGUUUACUACUUUGAAGGUUACUAAGCUGAGAGGUUUUGGUGGGAAGUUUGGUGAGGAAGUCAUUCAAAAGCUGGGAGUUGAAAAUGUGGCAGACAUCUGUAAAUAUUCUGAACAACAGCUGCAGAACUAUUUUGGAGAAAAAGCUGGAUCUUGGCUGUUUGCUGUGUGUAGAGGGGAAGAACAUGAAGCAGUGUCAGCCAGACAACUGGCAAAGUCUAUUGGAUGUAGUAAGAAUUUCACUGGAAAGAACUGCCUUGACACCAGGGAAAAAGUAAGGUAUUGGUUGGAUCAACUUUCUGGAGAGUUGGAAGAACGUUUGAUCAAAGACAAAGAAGUGAACAACAGAGUUGCUAAACACUUAAAUGUAAGUGUGCGCUACCUUAGCAACCCCAAUCCAGUGUCGUCAUCACGCUCUUGUGCGAUUGUGAAAUAUGAAAGGAAGAAGAUUUGUGAUGAUGCUUUCUCUUUGCUACAGAAGUUCAACACUGCUGGUCCUCAUCAGUCUGCAUGGGUUCCGGCCAUCAUAUGCCUUGGUAUGUCUGCAGGGAAAUUUGAUGAAAUGUCCAAUACUGCUAACCCCACCAUCAAGCAAUUCCUUGUCAGUGACAGCAAAAGUAAACAAAAGCCUUUAUCUAAAAGUAAAAAAGGGUCCAAAAUAAGUGCAACUGUUGUCAACAAUGAUUCCAGUCCUAGUGCAAGUAAGUCUCCUGUGAAAAUUAGAGGGGGAAUUGAAAGUUUCUUCAAAAGCAAAGUAACCAAAUUGCCUCUGAAUGAAUCACACAGAAACUCCAAAUUGAUUCAAAAGGAUUUUGAAUCAAAAUAUGUUAAAGUUGACUGUUCUCUGGAAGCACUAGAUGGGGAUCAUGGCUCUGCAGUAUGUGAAGUAUUAGAAGUAGACUGUGAUAAAGUGCAAAAUGAUUCAGCAUUUAGUAAAGUAUUGACCAAUGCACGAACUUGUCAAGGAACUUACGAAAAGUUGAAUGGAAAUGCUAAUAUUAAAGUUAAUUGUGCAGAGAGAGAACAACGGGAAUACAACUUUGAAAUCAAAGAGGGAGCUUCUUUGCUAUUAAAUGACCACAUAGGGUCAGUUCAGAAAAUGACCACAGGCCCAUUGCCUGGCAAUCCUUCCACAAGUGCAGUGGACGAAUUGGACAUGCAAACAUGUGAGAAAUGUGGUAGGAAAAUCUCGGCUUGGGAGCUACCUGAACACCUGGACUAUCACUUUGCAUUGGAGUUACAGAAACAGUGUAACGGUGCAAGUGCCUCCACCAAUGCCACUGGUUUUCCAUCCUCUGCAGCAAAGAGAAAAUCUGAUAAUCAGCCCGGGAGACAUAAUCCUAAGAAAAGCAAAACAUCAGUUUAUAAUACCCUACAUCAUUAUUUUUCUAAAUCUUGAAGUGUGUUGUAGAAUUUCUGGUGAAAGUACAUUAUGUAUAGCAGUCAUGUUUUGUCUGAGUAUUGAUAUUACUUUAGUUACUUGUAAGAUUUCUAAAAUGUAUAUAUUUAUUUAUGUUAAAAAAGACAUUGGUAAACUUUGUAUAUGCAGUUUUUGUGAGUUACUGUAUUUUAACUAGUAAAACUUUAAUGCAGUCAAAGAUUUUGAUUGUUUUGUAAAAAUGUUAUUUGAAAUUUAUC